UGGGCACUCUGGGGGCGGAGCAUACUCGGUUGGAUAGCUGAGAGAAAAAGCCGAGGCAACAGUCCGGGGUCCACCGCGCUCGUAUCUGGUCUGUAUCCAACUGCUUUUUUUCCUAAAUGGCAACGACGGCAGAGGACCAGCGGGAACCGGCGGACGCCGCUGCACUGUCGACACACCACGGCUGCCACCACCACAACAGCAACAACAAUAACAACAACAACAAUAACAACAAAGACAGCGAGGCGGGAGAGAGCGCGACCUCUGCCACCGCCAGCUCGACAGAAUCCGGCGGGACGGCGUCGCAGAGCAUCGGUAACGGCUCGGUUAUCAACCCUAACGGGGGGAACAACGGGAAGUGGGUUCGCCUCAACGUUGGCGGCACGGUGUUCCUCACGACGCGGCAGACGCUCCUCAAGGAGCAAACUUCGUUCCUGUACCGGCUGUGCCAGCAGCAGGACCUGCAUUCGGACACGGAUGAGACUGGAGCUUAUGUAAUUGAUAGGGAUCCUACCUACUUUGGCCCCAUCCUCAACUACUUGCGGCAUGGCAAACUGGUCUACAACAAGGAGCUCGCUGAAGAAGGUGUCCUGGAGGAGGCUGAAUUUUACAACAUCACCCCGCUCAUCAAACUGAUUAAAGAGAGGAUCGUAGAGAGAGACUCCAAAGCCACACAGCAGGUGCCCCCCAAGCAUGUCUACCGAGUUUUGCAGUGCCAGGAGGAGGAGCUGACCCAGAUGGUCUCCACGAUGUCGGACGGCUGGAAGUUUGAGCAGGUCAGCGUGCGCACCUGCAGAAAGCCCCGCACCGGACUGCUCUGGACUAUGGUGAACAUCGGCUCGUCGUACAGCUAUGGAACAGAGGAUCAGGCUGAAUUCCUGUGCGUCGUAUCAAAGGAGCUCCACACGGCCGGAUCUGGGCUGGGAACAGAGCAGAGUCACAAAACCAAGCCCACAGAGAUGCAGGAGGAAGCGGCGAAGGAGGAGGAGGAGGAGGAGGAGGAAGAGGGGGGGAGAGAUACCACACCAAAUGAGUGGCUUAGAGAAUGAGGGAGUCAUGUUUCUUUGUUCCAAAGAGAUGCCUGACUGGGUGAGGAACUGUGCAAAAGAUGUGCUAGUGGGUAGAUGUAGUGGAUUUUAGUGUGUGUGUGUCUAUAUGUCUGUGAUGUCUGUGAGAAAUAUAGAAGAGGUUUCAUGGCACAGCAUUGAGUAUGGCCUUACAGUUGCCUUUCUGUUUCAGUCUGAAGCUCUUUCUUCAUUGAGUCAGUCCCAUGUUAAAAUGACCAAAUGUAGUUGUGCAUUUGGUCAAAGUGAAUGUUGCAUUUAGAUUACUGGUCGAAAACGGUAAGGUUGCAAUGAUUGUAACACAUUAAAAAACAUGGGCAAAAUAUAACACAUGCAUAAUCGCUAAUCAUGAUUUGGACCAUAAACAACAAAAAUAAACUCUUACUUUGACUAGGAUGGAGGCCUUGUGCUCAUAACCAACAUGAGCACAGGACCAGUUAACUUGUAUUAUAUUUUUAGGAUAAUUAUAAGUUAUUUACACCAUUGCACAAUUGCUAUUGGUCCUAUAUUUACAGAUAUGCUUGUUAUACCAGCAUGCAAAAUGUGCUCUUAAAGUAACAUGCCAGUAGUGUCCCUGCAGCUAACGACAAGAACGAAGCGAUUUCCUCUUUAUCUGCAAGUUUACCCCUUAACUGUAAAAAGGCUGAUGGGGUGAACACGAUAACUUAGACUUUUUGAAUGAAUACUAGUAAAUAUGUCAGAGGAGUUCAAAUCUCAGUGAGGUCAGGGUCAGAGGUCAGGUUUUUUGAAAAUCUUGUGAACACGAUAACUCGCGAAGGUAGUCCCCUGGGAUUUGGUGUAGCACUGUGUCAGUAUUUUUUAAUUCAUGCACUGAUGUUUUGUGUAUAACAUUUAAAAUAACCAGUAUUAUUAUAAUAAUAAUGUGUUAGCACUCGAUCACCAAUCACAGUGGUUAGCUGGUAAUUUGACACAAAUAUGACCAGUUCUUGUUCAGAGAAAAAAAACAGCUGUGAUCAAGAUACCAAGACCAUCUUUUAUAUAUAGUUAUUUGUCACUGUGAUUAAAUGGAAAACAGAUUUCGAUAAAAUACAUGUGUGUGAGAGAAUGUGAUGAAUUUUGCUAAUUGGCGCUUGGUUGGAAAUGUCACUUUCCCCACACAGCCUCACAUGUAUCGAUUGAGAGCUGCGUCUCUAUGGGCUCUCAUUGUCAAUGCUGUGACAUGGAAUAUCUCUGACCUUUCAGUGCAGCAAUAGUCUUCAGAUGUCCUUCCCAGUCUGUGCACAUACAUAUACAGUGUCAGUGUAAAGUCACACACAUGUGUAAUUAACAUUUGCACAAUUUAAAAUUCAGUAAAUAUCAAAGCAGAAAACACACACUUGUAUGUAGUAAGUAGCGAAAAUGGCUGUGUUUGUUUUGUUGUUGUUGUUUCCAGUCAUUAUACGUGAUAGUUAAGUCACUUAUUCUCAGUUGCUCAACAUAUUCAUCAUCAUUGCCAUCAUUGCAGCCAAAACCAUAGCUUAGAUUGUUUGCAGUGACUGUAGAUUUUAUGUCUGUACUUUUCCAAUCUCUAAUGUCUGUUUUUGUUUUUGUUUUGUCGUUUUGUCUUUCAUUUUGCAGCUUUUUCAAAUCCACGGGUCCCGGAUGUAGAAAUCACGAGAAUUUAUUUUUCCUAUGCUUGUCAUGUUCUGUACAUGGCAUUUGUGUGUUUUUGUCCGUGGACAGUCAUCGCAAUACGUAGCAUUGUUGCCACUUCAUUGACAAAAUGCUGGUUAGUAUUAGCAAACAUCCAAAAAUGUCUAAUAUCACUGUUAACGCAAUGGAGCAAUACCAUCUUAAAAAAAGAAAAAAGUGAAAUCACCUUAAUUUACAGACAUGCUCAUGUGUUGUGUCUGUGCAGAUGUUAUAUUGCCAAGGGCAGUAGUGCAGCUUAGUAAAUCAUGACCAAAGAGCCAUAUUAGAUCUGGCUGAACCAAGGUGCUAAUUCUUAAUAUGACAGGAGAGAAUUGGCCUCGUCUUGGUUAACCUGUGAGGAGCUGUCCCAUCUGUGCUGCAUAGGAUUUGCAUCAUUUUAUUUCCUAAUGAAGCAGCUAUCCCAGUGAUUUAUGCAAUUGUUGCCCAGUCUUUGACCACCGACUCUGCUGAAGUCCUGACAGUAUUUCAUAGUUUGGUACGAGGUUUUCUCAUGACAAAAAAAUCACCUUGGUUGUGAAGAAAACCUGCCAGCAGCUGCUGGACCCCACAGAGCAAAAGUGAGUUAAAUCACCCAUAUCAGCCUUAUUUAGAGAUGACUUCAAGCAUACUCAAGUAAUUAAAUCUUCACGAGCUCAACUCAAAGUCCACUAAUUUGUUGCUCUCAGUCAUUCAGGAGGGUGUGUGUUUGUGUGUUAGCAUAGCCACUUCUUGGUUUGGACUGUGUAACUGAAGUAGGUCAGAAAUGUGCUUGUGGGGACAAUUUUACACUUUCUGGACAUUACAAAGGUGCACACGCUGCACUGGUGAAAACACAAACUGCUCUACAUUGUUGCCCACAGACACACACACAUGCGCGCGUAUACACAUAUAUCCCUUGUUUGUGCUGAUGCAUACCUGCAUCACCUUGCACAACAGCAGUGUUGCUUCAGUCUGUUGCCAUGGCUGGGAUCCAGUUCCUGCUUUGGCCUCAACAGACUUGGAGACGUUGGUGUAGUCAGGAAAGGCUUAAAAAGCAGGCAUUGAGGAGGAAGGGGGCAAGGAUGAGUCUGGUGUACCACAGCUUUGUAAUAUUAGUGAUCAUAUCCUGUUUUUGUUCCAAUAAAAGCCCCACAGCAGGCAGAUCUGCUGCAGUGCAGGUGUAUGACUGAAAAUAAAAUGUCAAAGAAAGCCACGUGACUUUUAACAACCUCUGCUGUGAACAUGCAAGAACCACACCACAGAUCACAUUUGAACUCAUGCACGAGACUGUGGCCAAUUUCCUUAUAGCUCUAGGCAUCACUCUGCAAAUACACCACUCACAUUUGGUGUUUAUUAAAUUUCAGGAGGUGCACUUAGUGACUGUUAGGGUGAAACCAAAAGGGUUAUACAUUAGUUAUAAAACAGCAGGUUUUUAAAGCAUGUAGAUAAGAAUUUAGAGUAGGUCUGCUAUAGUCCAACAUCACGCUGUAGCUUAUAAGAAAACACUUUCUUGAACAGAUGCUAACAUUAAAAUGCAACUCAGCACUUCUUGGAUGCAUAAAUAAGUACAUUUGUGGAGUAAGUGAUGUAAGUUAUUGGUCUGUUUUCAGCCUCAAAUUAAGAUUUGGUGCGCUUCUCAGAUUGAACGCAAGCCCAGAGGGAUUAUUUCUGCCUCUGAGACUACAGCAGCCGUGUUAAGCAUUGUCUGCCUGCAGCUUUAGUCUCACCUCCUGCUGUUUAGCUCCUACAGCACACCUACUGACCAGCAACACACAGCCAACAAGUGUGCAGGGGUCACAAAUUUGAGACAAUCGAGAAAUAAGAUCGUGGUCGGCAAUCUUUUUUUUUUUUUUUUUUUUUUUUUUUUCCCCUUCCCCUCUAUCUCCUAACAUUUUGAUAAUAAAAUCAAUUUAACAUAAAAAAAAUGGGAUGUAAAUACAAUAUUCCAUGUUUGUUUUCCAUUUAUAGCACUGAUCAGAAAACAUAUCCUCAACCUGUGGGAUCCUCCCGAUCCCUAAUUAGGAGGAUUAGCAGAACACGGUAAAUGUUAAAUGUGUAGUUAGCCUGCAGUUACUGCGUACGAUACUCAUAACAGUGAUAUUGACAGAACAGAGAAGACCAAAAGAUUUCAUUUCUUUGGCUUUUUUUCCCCCCUCUUCUCUUUGUGGCUUUUAACUCGGAUCAUUCAGUGCCUUGAGUUCAAGCAGCAAAACAGACAUGUCAGCAUGAUCGUAGCUGUUAUUCCAUGCGUUUUUAAGUGGCUGCUUUUAAUAUUUUACAGUAGAUGGUUUACAAUCUCACUUUUUGUUUUUACUUUAAUUGUCUUCUCGUGCAUUUACUGAGGUGUUCCUGUAGAGAUAAAGAGUAAGUGUGCACACCAAACAGCUGCAUGCAUGAGGUGAAGCUGGUUUAAGAUGUUUUGUAUAAAAAGCACCACCUUUUUUUAAUUGUUUUGUAAGUUUUGAUGUCUAAUUUAUUCUUAGACUUUCUUUUUGAAUAUUACAUUGUAAGAAUUUGGCCGUUUGUUUUUAGAUGCGUGUGGGGGGGGGGGUACUUUUGCUCGUUUCUACUUGAAGAAUAGUGUUUCUGUUUCACUGUCCUGACGAUCUCAAACAGCACAUACUGUAUAAUCAGCAGGUUUACUGAUUCCAAGUUUUUCGUCUUGGUUCACUUAAAUGUAUAAAUCUCCAUUUGCAUGUCCUGUUACAGUACCUUGUUUGUUUUUUGCUUGAUCCUCACUUCAUUUUUGCUGUACAAUCAGUACUUAAUGUGUAAACACAGCAGAGCUCUUUCAUUAGCCUGUGCAAAAAAAACAAACAUCUGUCAUCGUCAAAUCGGGAUAGAAAAACAUUUCUCUCUGAUGCUGGAGAUUCUUUCAUCUGCUGUCUGUAGAGCCACUUUACUGUCUGUGAGCAUGAAAUGGAUCCAUGUGUGACGCAUGAAUCGUACGGGCUUCAGGAAUCAGUGUUUGGAUAGUUUCAAAACUGGACUUCAUGCGGUCCUGAACAUAUGACAUCUUCAACAGAGUGAAAGGAAAAUGUACUUUUUUUUUCUUUCUUUUUUUUAAAUUUAAUGUAAAUGAAUGUCAGCAUUGUCAACAAAAAUAAACAUUUGGUUUAAGGUA